AUGGAUAAGCAUGAAGAUGAUCUGGACUUGGAGGCUCGCGGCUAUAGCCGCGAGAUGCCCCGUCAAUUCUCGACAUUCUCACUAGUUGCGCUCUCGUUCAGCUUGACUUGUACCUGGUCAGGCACAGGAUCAUCCAUUGGAAUUUCUUUGAAUGAUGCAUCCGCCGCUGGGACGAUAUGGUCACUUCCCGUGGCUGCGUUAAUGACGGCGUUUCUCUCAGCUGGUGUUGCUGAAUUGGCCUCAGCUUAUCCUGUCGCCGGUGCCCAAUAUUACUGGGCCUUUUGCGUAGCAUCCAAGGACUGGCGGACAUUCGCUUCUUAUAUGAAUGGUUGGCUCAGUAUCCUGGGCUGGUGGUUAGCAAGCGGUGCCGCUUGCAACUUUAUUGCCUCUCUGAUCUUGUCAAUUGUCAUCUUAUGGUACCCAGACUAUGAGAUACAGAACUGGCAGCAGUGGCUGGUCUAUAUCGGUCUCGUCUGGUUCGCGGUUGCGCUCAAUGUUUUUGGCUCACAGCUGCUUCCCCUCUACAAUCGCUUCAACUUCAUCAUCUCCUGCGUUACACUCACCGCGACAACCAUCACCUUAUUCGUUUGCAGUCGACACAACAACGCCCCGCCGAAGUGGACAUUUGGCGAUGCGACCAACUCAACUGGAUGGCAAAGCGACGGCCUUGCCUUCCUUCUCGCGAUUAGCAAUGCCGUGUAUGCAUUUCUCGGGACGGAUUGUGGGGCGCAUGUAUGCGAAGAGAUCCGCGAUCCGGCAAAGAACACCCCGAAAGUCAUCAUGUACCCGGUUCUCAUCGGCGUAGCAACUGCAUUCCCCUUCGCCUGCGCUUGCAUGAACGCUAUCACGGAUAUGGACGCCGUUCUCAAUGCCCCGUCCGGUCUUCCUCUUAUUCAGAUCUAUUAUCAAAGCACCGGGUCAAAAGCGGCGUCCUCGGUUCUGCUGGCUCUCUUCGCCUUCUGCUUUUUCGGUUGUACUGUGGGCAAUGGAACCACAUGUUCAAGAACCAUUUGGGCGGUUUCGCGUGACAACAUGCUUCCAUUCAGCAAAGUCUGGGCGACUGUCAACCCCCGUUUCCAGAUGCCACUCAACGCCCUUUGCCUCACUGGCACCGUUGUCUCGCUGUACGGCCUGAUAUUUCUCGGGUCCUCAACCGCAUUCUCAGCCAUGGUCGGAGCAGCAGUAAUCUUCCUCCAAACAUCCUGCGCCCUUCCCCAAGCAAUAAUCCUCUGGCGCGGUCGUGACAUUCUCCCUGAGAGACCAUUCUCCCUCGGAAGAUAUGGGUUCGCCAUCAACCUCAUCGCAGUGAUCUGGGUGGUAUUGUUGGAUAUCCUUUCCUGCUUCCCGACUGAGAUGCCAGUGACAAAAGAGAAUAUGAAUUAUGUCUCCGUCGUAUCGGUCGGGUUGACCGGGAUUGUAUUGGCGUUGUAUUUGUUCGCGAAGAGGGGGAAGUAUCUUGGGCCCAGGAUGCCGAAUGAGCUGAAUCAUGGGGAUAUAUGUCAUGUUAGUGAAGGGCAAGGGUUUGAUGAUGGUGCAUGGGCGGAUCAUUCAGAAUCUUUUUCGAAGAAAGAGUGA